AUUACUAGUAGCAAUUAACCUAAUAGGUGGUUGACUAAUUGACUUGAAUAUUUCAUAUCCAUGACAAAUUAUCCUAAUUCGAUUAUCAGUAUUAAUUUAAUUCUUUCUUUUUUCUUUUUUAAAGUUAGGAACUUGGGAUAUCCAUGGACAGUUGAAUAUUUAAUCCAAUACAACAUUGUACAGGCAAACAUGUAUAAAUUGGUCUGCCUUCUGCAUCUGUAGCUUUCUAUUUUGCUGGUCUAUUAGUUAAUUAAUAUUCAUUCGACACAAAUGUUUGUUACCAGUUUGCUUAAUUGACAUUGCCAACUCGAUCUGCAAGAAUAAAGAUUAAAGAAUAAAGUAAGCAAAAUUAGAUAAGCACCCAGUAAAUGCCUACAUCAAUUCUCAUAAUCUAGCCCUUCCUCAGUCGUGGAAUCGAUUCCUAAAACAUCAUCUAUGCUAAAUGGUACGUGGUUUCCACCAUCGUGUAGAAAUUAAGGAAGAUUUUGAUCCCUGUUUUGUUUUCGUGUGGAUCUCCGCCCCAAAUGGGGGAAUAAUAUAAAUAGAUAUUGGACGUACACAGAAGUUGAUCUACUCAUGUACGUAGUUUUGGUCAUGGUAGGCACGUUCAAGAAGUGGCAUACGACACUGUGGAUAACUUACCAAACAAUCCAAUAAACAAAAUAUAUCUGCAUCCUAAAAUGGCCUUUGGAAAAAAGAUAAGAGUUCUAUAUUGUUAAGUCUGUAGCUUAGCUAUAUAUCUCCAGCUAGACGUUCUUUUCUGUAUAUAUAGAUAUAUACUUGAUCCGACCAAAAUUCAUAUAUCCUAGCUUAGCCUAAUUGUCCAUUAACACAAACUGAUCGAUCAUGUGUUCGAACUAUGCAAGAAUGUGUUUCGGGGUGUCUUCCCCUUCGAGCCCUCGAUCGAAACCCAAGGGUAGAUCUAAACGACAUGAUUCAUGUGCCGUCAACACUAGUCUUGCUGUUGAAGAGCAUUCAACAACAGACCUUCUGAACAGAUAUAGUAGCUUUAGCAAGGGUGAGUUGAGUGCUACGGAAGCCAGCCUGAACCAUAUGGUUGAAGAGUCUUCUGAGGACUCAAAAUCUGAGGAAUCGAUUGGCAACAAGAUAAUGGUGGUUGUGGACUCGAGCCUGGAAGCUAAGGGAGCUCUUGAAUGGGCACUAUCCCACACUGCACAAACCCAUGAUACCAUUUUGCUUCUUCAUCUUGCUAAUGCUGCAGACACAAAUGAGAAGUUUGAUGGUAUAAUGGCUUUUGAACUUCUUCACAGUUUGAAAAAACUUUGUCAAAUCAGCAAGCCUGGGGUGCUAGUGGAGGUAGCAUUGGUUGAAGUUGAAGAAGGGAAGGAAAAGGGUCAGAUGAUAGUGGAAGAAGCAAAGAGACAAGGGGUGUCUCUCCUUGUUCUUGGGCAAGAAAGAAAGAGGUUGACAUGGUGGCAGCUAGGUUGUAGUGGGGGUGGAGGUCAGGGCGUUGGCGAGGUUGUGGUGGAGUACUGCAUACAAAAUGCUGCUUGCAUGACGGUUGCAGUGAGGAAAAAGAACAGCAAUGGGGGAGGCUACUUGAUCAGCACCAAGCUUCACAAGAAUUUCUGGCUUCUAGCUUGAUUCGAUCAAAAUCAUUAUUUUAAUCAUAUUAUUGAGAUUUGUUAUAUAUUCUCGGAAGAUAUUGUGUACUUUAAGUUUAAUAUUUAAUUUUGUUAUUGGGGUUCUAGUUGGACCUUCAAAUUUGCUA